CUAAAGCAGCCUCUGGAAUUUUCCUUCCUCUUCUUUUUAAUUCGCCCCCAACUUCCCCGCCAAUCGCAUUCCCGUUUCUCCGCCGUAACAAUCUCUCACAAUGAGCAGGGCCGCCGAUUCGAACUCAUCCAACGGACAUUUGGUGCAGGCUAUAAGCACCCUCUUCCCUUCCCCUGAAGCCCUCGAGAAAUUAGCCUUCAUUUCCAACGAUGCUCGGGAGCCUAAGGGCAUGUCCAGCAUCCCGACUGACAUCCUUGACGCUCCGAAGGAAUACGUGUUCUAUAUGGACCUGCCGGGGCUGUCGAAAUCCGACAUUCAGGUGACGGUGGAGGAGGAGAACACGCUGGUGAUUCGGAGUGGAGGGAAGAGGAAGAGGGAGGAUGGGGAGGAGGAAGGGUGCAAGUAUUUGAGGCUUGAGCGGAAGGCGCCGCAGAAGAUGGUGAGGAAGUUCAGGCUGCCGGAGAAUGCCGAUACUUCUGCCGUUUCUGCUAAGUGCGAGAGUGGGGUGCUGGUGGUGGUUGUGGGGAAGCUGCCUCCGCCUCCCAAGCCCAAAACGGUGCAGGUCGCCGUCGCCUGAAAGUCGAAGGUGGUGGUUGUACGCCAUUUGUUUUUUUUAUGGUGGCUGUUUUGUGUAAAGAGAAUUUGUAGCUAGGUGGAUAUGGUGGAUAUGGUGUUGUGGUUGUGUUCCUUAUUCAUGCUCUGUUUUUUCCAUGAAACUUGGAAGAGUUAAGAAAUGAGUAGUUUCAGUGAUUGGGUGUUUCUUUUCU